AUGACUUCCCUCACCAUGAACUCAAAGCUCACUCUUAACAAUGGCUUAAAAAUCCCCGUGAUUGCAAUGGGAGUUUACAUGACACCCGCCGGUGUAGCUUCACAAGUCGCAUACAAUGCUUUGAAGGUUGGGUAUAGGCACAUUGAUUCGGCGGAAUUUUACAAGAAUGAAAAGGAAGUUGGUGAAGGAAUUAGUAAAUGGCUUCAGGAAAGUCCCAACAACAAGAGAGAGGACGUUUUUUACGUCACCAAGAUUUUCGACUUUAACCAUGGAUAUGAAAAAGCCAAGCGAGCCAUUGACGAAUGCUUGCAAAAAGUCAAGGAUUUGCAAUAUAUUGACAUGGUGUUGAUCCACUCGCCUCAAUCGAACAGAACGAAGAGAUUGGAGACGUGGAAAGCAUUGCAAGAAGCUGUCAAGAGUGGAAAAAUCAAGUCGAUUGGUGUAUCGAAUUAUGGUGUUCACCACAUGAAAGAGUUGUUGGAAUGGGACGGAUUGGAGAUCAAGCCUGUGGUUAACCAAGUUGAAUUGAAUCCAUGGUUGAUGCGGACCCAUAUAGUUGACUAUGCCAAGGCCAAUGGUAUCGUUAUGGAAGCAUAUAGUCCACUUACUCGAGGCAAAAAUUUUCACGAUCCUACCUUGGUCCAAUUGGCCAAAAAGUAUCAAAAAACUCCAGCUCAGGUGUUGAUCAGAUGGUCAUUGCAACAAGGGUUUGUUGUGUUGCCCAAGAGUGAGAAGAAGGACCGUGCCGUUGAGAACAUUAAUGUCUUUGAUUUUGACAUUCUGAGCCAAGACAUGAAGCUUCUCUCGCAUCCUGAGUCGAGCCAGCGGUUUACCAACUGGGACCCCACGACGUACCAGGACUAG